AUGGCGCUUCCAGGCUUAAACUGGACUGAUGAGUCCAUGAUGUGGAAUCCGGCGGAUUAUGGUGGACUGUUUUCACUUAUUACGGAAAGUGGUCCUUUCUGGACACCAAAUCUUGUUUUGGGUAAUAGUAUCGGGGAAUGGAAACGUAUAGGCGCUGAAUGGCAGACGAUUCGUUUCUUCUCUUCUGGAGCGGCCUAUUAUUACCCAGGGGAAAUAUUUUCAAGCGCAUGUCAUGUUGAUGUUACCUAUUACCCCUGGGAUAUACACAAAUGUCUUCUGACAUUUUUCCCUCAAGGGCAUACACCGAAUGAAGUGUAUUUAACAGUCAAUGGGAACAAAGUUUCAACGAAGCAUUAUCUGGAAAAUGGAGGAUGGGCGUUUGUUGAUUCGAGGAUUCAACCAAGUUAUUCCCCUUACUACACGGAUAUUUCAAUAGAAUUAGUCUUUGAAAGAAAACCUAGAUACGUUAUUGUUAAUGUAAUUAUGCCAAUUAUAUUUAUGGCGUUUCUAAGCAACGUGGUGUUUCUUAUUCCCGCAGAUUGUGGUGAAAGAAUUUCCUACAGCAUAACUGUGCUACUGGCAAUUGCAGUGUACCUCACACUUGUUGGAGACAACCUUCCUAAAAUAUCUACUCCAAUGUCUUACUUUAGUUAUUAUCUACUAGCGCUGUUAGUAACUAGCACUUGCAUUGCCAUGGCAACAAUUUUCAGUCUACGAAUUUACCAUAGUGACGAGUCAGAUCCAGUGACUGGAUGUUGGGCUAAGAUUUCUACGGGUUUCAAAUGUUUUAGAAGAAUCGGAAAAGCAAAAGAAGCAACAUCUAAACAGGUACAACAUAUUAGAUAUGUUUCCAGUGGAAGUAUUUAUCCUAUCAUUAGCGGAAAUGUCUACAAAGCGGGAUCAAUUUUAGAGCUUCCGAAAGUGCACGGGUCGCUACAGAUCAGGCGACAUUCGGACACGUUUGACACACAGGAAGUGGCUAAAUUGGAUGGAAAUUCAAGCAGUGACAGAGGCGUCUCAUGGAAAGACGUUAGCGUAGCCAUAGACACAAUCUUCUUUCUGGUUUUCUUUAUCAUGCUUACAACAGCAACAAUCGUUUAUGUGGUAAUAAUUUCGAAAAGUGAACGUGCAAUAUUAUCUGAAUGA